UACCUAAUAAAAUUUAAUUACCUAGCAAGUGUAUAUCUUUUUGUGCUUCGUGCUUCCAAAGUCAAAAAUUUUUGAUGAAAACAAGAAUCUGAUCAGUAGAGAUUAAUAACUAUACUCAAACAAAGUGUAUUCAAAAUGAUGAGUGAGGAAGAUGAGCGAACGCUAUGGUGUGGAAACCUUUCGGAAAAAGUAACCGAGGAACUCCUCUAUGAACUGUUUGUUCAGGCUGGUCCUGUAGAGAUGGUUAAGAUCCCUAAAGAUAACGACAAGAGACAACGUUCCUACGCGUUUAUCACUUACGCUCAUGCAGUUUCUGUAGAGUACGCCAUAAACAUAUUUGAGGGUACCAAAUUAUUUCUUCGACCACUGACUUUGCACAGGAAAAGUAAAAACGGAGCAAACUCAUCUCCAUUGCCCAGAGGAAAUCCCCGAGGACAUAUGGGAGGUAAUAUCGCUGACAAGGGGCAGUUUUGCGAUGUUAACAUUAGUCCGGGUUCGUUGAUGGCUAUGAUGGGUCAAGGAAAUCCGCAAAUGUUGGCCAUGUUUGAUCAAAUGCAACAGAAUCCGCUACAUAGCAAAAUAAAUCGCAAUGAAUCGCGUGCGCACCACCAGCAGAAUCAUCAGAAGCCGUAUUCCAGGGGCGAAAACCAGAUGUUUUCCAGGGAUAGGAACGAUGCACAGUUUUCUCGUGAUCGAAAUCAACGAGGAAGUCAUGGUGGUGGUCACCAACGUAGAAAUGACUACCGUGGACGAAGAUAGUUUGAUAAAUUGUAUGGGAAAAGAUUACUGGAAGUAUUGUACAAAAUCUGCCUAUUUUAUAAGGGAGUGUACAAAAUAAUUGUUUAGUGGCAAGAUGGUCAAACUGCAGGAGGUACAACCAAGGCGAACCCAUACAGAAAAACCACUCGCAGAUUUCACUAGUUCAAAGAUCUCGAGAGUUUGAAUAAUCUGCAUCAAACUGCAGCAGACUAUGUUCGGCGAAAUAAUAAAUUUAAGUUUCUUAACAAAAGCAUUUUUAGAUGAAAUAAAGACGUUUGCAU